AUGGAGCAACAGAGCACUCAGGACGAGCUGGAAGGCUAUAUCCGAGACAUGAUGGCGAUGCAAAGCGAGUCUACGACUGAGCAAAGCCUCUAUGGACUGGAUGCAGAGUUGGAGUGCCUCUUCCCAGCCCGGGAUCACAGCUUGAAGCAGUACUCGGCUGGUCAGAUGCCGACCAUGUCCUUCACUGUCGGUACCAAUCUGAUCCAAGAACCGUCUCCUCUUAGCGCUUCAGCGGUCACACUUUCCAAGGACUUACCGCGAGAUCUUCUCGAGCAAUGGUUGGAAAGCUCCUUGGCAUCUUCGUUGCUUAGCAGUUUAUCAUCAGGCAUCACGCAUGAUGGAACGGAUUAUCCGAUCUGUGUCAUAUCACCACAGGUAGCCCCGUUGAUCACCAUCGAUGCUGUUCACGGAAUUUUCAAGCUGUGCGGGUAUCUUCCAUUACAGAUCCAGCCAUAUGCGCACCCAUCAGCACUCUCAGCCUACCUGGCAAUCUUGCCUCCGGGUUCGGUGUAUCCAGUUUUAGGUGUCAUGGUUUCCUGGCCAGACAAGCUACGCGUUUUAGGAAGUAUUGCCGACUCCUCGGGCGAUCCUGGCAGACUCGUUCCAUGUCUUGAUCCCAUCAUACCCUCUCAGAGCGAACCCCUGGCCACGAGCGUCAGGAUACAUUUAGAAAACACGCUACAGCUCCUUCAUAUGGGGCUUACAGGGCAUCCGCAAUCCCGAGGGAAACUGCAGGAUGAUGUCCGGUCCCUGGAACAACAGCUCUUUUUCACAAGGGCAGAAGUGCAGAGACGAACCGUGAACACAGAGAUCCUACGGGAGCGUUUACGUAUGGAGCAAGUUAUGGACCAACAGCGAACGUCUCUGCAAACAUUCUAUCGCAGCAUCGGAAAGGCCAAUCUGGCAACUCUAUGUGUUCCUCUCUCCAAGUUCCAAUCAGCCCCCGGCUUCAGCUAUGAGCGGCAUUGGAGAGCACUUUCAGCGGUCAAUUGCAUCAAAAACGUGCUAGAACCCGGUCCGAGAGUUCCAUUACCAGGCAACAAACAUUCUGACAAUGUCCCGCUUUUUCUAAAUACUACUGCUGGGAGUGGUGCUGAGCCGUGCGAGCAGUUCAAGCCCUCCUUACUUGUGGCUCGCUUCCAACGUUGGGUGCUUGCUCGCGAAGAAUCAGCACGAAGCGGAUAUGGAGAGACCUCACUGCAAGACGAGUCCACAGAUUUGCUUUUGCUGGAUGCCGAGAGUGACUUUCUGCGUUCGAACAAUCUUGACGUGGACACGUAUUACAGUCUGUGUGACAGACAUAAGCUACAGCUUCCAGAGAUGUCUUUCCGCGAUACUUCAUCUGUGGCUCAAGGUGGUAAGAUUGAUAAUGCUACAGAGUCCGACGGCAGUACGCGUGCUGACAGUCCGGCAGGAAGCGCUCUGGAAGGAAGCACUUUGGACGGAAGCCUGUUGGAUGAUUAUUUCCAGCUGGAUAGCGCUCCCUAUCAAGAAGCGACAGAACCACGAUGCGAACCAGCUAUGCACUUACCGUCCAUACUGGCCUGGUCAAUCCUCAGCCCAGACGCGUCUCUUGUCCCGAUCAACGAGGAUCCUCGCGACCAAUCACACACUGACCCCGAUUUUAUCAUAGAGGAACCGUUACCAAACAUUGCUACUCAUGUCCGGGCCUUUACAGAGGAUUCUUACACGCCAAUUGUGCAGAAUACUCUCAAAAACAUGUGGCCAAGACUCGAUGGAACUCAACAGCACCAUCUCAUGUCAUCACUCGUGAGGAUAUUGGCCUCCAUAUGGAAAAACUUUGACCUUUUGGGUGGAAGUGCCCUUGAGGCACUUUUCGACUGCGAUACAGCACGGGACAUCUCGCAAGAGGAGGGGCAAGAGGAGCAACAAAUUCACGAGCGCACUCGAGUCUGUCUGUCCACUAUUUUGCCGACCAACGCUGAAAUGUUCACUGUCGACUGGGAAUGCACCAAGGAGCCGACACGUCCUAAGGAGACCGCGGAAGAACGUUUGUGCAAACUUGAGAACGAGUUUCUGAAUCGUUCUUUCUUGGACGCUUUCAAAGAGGCCAUUUCGCCUAUGCCACGCUAUCCUCCUCUGACGAUCCACGAUGACUCGAAUAAAAACAGCGACGACUCGAUCAUAAGCGUCGACUGUCUACCUGAGCCUCGCAUCGAGACUGAGCAGAUGAGACCCAAGGACGGAAUGGACGAAAAUCGCCAAUACUCGCACUCUUUUCUGGUAUCUGGCAGCGGUCAUGCCUCGCAGCGAAUGACCACAACAAAGGCAAGAGCACAGGAAAGCAUCACAACUCUGAAGACACAUAUCUUGCCCCUCAAGAUAGAUACUCAACGGAAGUGUAGCUGGAUGCGCCCGAUGGAUUUUUCGCUAGACGAUGUCCUUGUCCAGGCUGAGAUCCGAGACCCUACUAUAGCAGACAAGGACAUAGCUAUGAGCCAUGCUGGACAUAGAAUACCCAGUAUCGUGGGUGUGUCGAGGUGGAAGACGCUUUUCCCUAUCAAAACUGCAGCUGGUCUGCUUGAAGGAUCGGUACCAAGAAGCUCCAACAUGUUUCAGACUAGGGCUCGGUCGUCCUCAUAUCCGCUUGUUCAUCUGCUGACUCUUCCAGACGUGUUUUGUUCGACAGAAUUUGGAGGACAGGAUGAUGGACCUAAAAGAGCGGUUGUUGAUCUAGAACAGGAGGCAGACAGGUCAGGGCCGUGGCGUGGUUUAGCAUACGACAUGCGCCUUUGUUUGACCAGACAUGACCCUAAGGCUGGGCAGUUUCUGGCCUUGUCUUUAGAGGACAAGGAGCGUGUGCUAUACCACCGCUGGAUGAGCAAUUACGCCAGAGCGGACAAGGACAAGAGCAAGGGGAACAGCCCAGGAAGAAGACACUUAAAGGGUGUGCUCGAUGUGUGA